AUGCCGGGAACCAAGAAGAGCACCCCGGCAGCGUGGAUUGGCGGUCGACGACGCAAGCUGAUCCGCCGAAAUCGCACAAAUGAAGAACCGCCACGAUCGAGCACUAUGCCUGUACUGAACCCCGAGUCAGUUGCUGCUAGCUUGGUGAAUGCUGUCAAUAGUCAAGGCUCAACACAUGUGAAGGAGAGACAAUCAGAAGACAGGUACGAUCAACAUCGAUACGAACAUCGACAGGGACCUGAGAGAAUCGAGAGUAAAAUGCAAUCAUAUUUGCAUAGUGGUGCGGUCAAAUCCAGUGCGCCAUACACUCUCUUUGCAGAUGAUCCAGCCACGUCCUCGCCCAAGUCCACAGCAACCGAUGGCAAGAGAAAGCAAGGUUUGUUCGGCACCAAAAGGCCUAAAGCCCUUGAUCGACCGAACGGCUCUCCUCACACACCAGUCGUCACGUCGCCGUUACCGGUCACCACACCCUCCAAAGCUGCGCAGUUCUUUGGUCUUGAAUCUAAGCCUAACAUCACCGAGAGCCCACGCCACGGACAUUUCCAGGAUGAUGCCAAUGUCGGUGAUGACGAUGAUGAUGCUCUGGUUAGGCCAAUGUUUAAGAAGCAGUUUUCUCUGUCUCUGCUAACCGAAUCCAAGGCAGGUGCAGAACGGCAGACCAGGUUUAAGGAAGAUGGUGUGGAGCCUGAUCUGCCAAAUUCCGCAAAAACUAGCAGAAUCAACACCAACAAAAGGCUACGCAUGCUUAUCCCGAAUUUGACAGGCCCCAGACGUGCACCAAUCCAGCAGACCACAGCUCCGACAACGCGUUUCGACCUUGACAAGAACGAUGCCGAUAUUAUUUACAGCAGUGAUAAUGGCCUUCAGAAAUCCCGAUUCCGCAUUCCAGCUGCGCCUCGGCCUGUGCCUGCUGUAACCAAGCGUCGUGUGAGUAAGAAGAGUCCCAGAUCAUUUCAGCGGAUGUCGCCUAUAACGGAGACCUCGUUUGAGGAACUUCGCGCAAAUUACCGCCAAGAUAGAGAUACAACCGAUUUAGGCGUGAUCUCUGAAUAUGAGUAUGACAAUACUCCCUACAGCGGCCCGGUAUUGCCUCAAUCUCACAGUGAAUCGGUGUUGCCUCUGUAUGGUGCUUUCAAACUUGAUGAAGACGAUCUAUCGCCUACCGAUGAGUUCUACGACGAAGAAGCUACCGACGAGGAGGAUAAUACCGUACAUCCCGGUACCAAAGUCAAUGUCAAACGAGGGCAUUGGCAUUGGUCUUCCACACUGUACAAGCGAAGCCCUUUGCAGAGCAUCGAGGAUGGUUUUCUUGACGCAACCGAAGAUGACAUGCGGUUUGAAGCUUGCAGGAAGACAAUGCUCAGGGUCGAAGCCAAGAAGCCAGCUAUGGACGCCGAGAUUGCUGUUCUGAAGCGUGAGCAGGAGAGGAUGAAGCACAAGUUCUGGAACGACAAGAGUGGAGACUGUAUCUCUGGGCGACUGAAUUCUACACCUGAUGAGAGCAGCGACGAAGACGUUGGGGGCCUGGUAUUAAUUCGCAGCAGCAUCGACCUCGAUAAAGAGCCAACAGUGCAUGAGGCGAAGGUGAUGACAUUUACCACGAUCUUACCAGCAACCGUGAAAACUGUGGAUAUUCCACCUAGGAACAAGAAGCAAGUAUCCUACGUCGGGAGCAGUACUUCUCUUCCGGAAAACCUUGUUCUCACAGAAAACGAGAAGAAGUGUAUCACCUCUCCCACCCAGAAUGAAAACAUUCUUCCAGCAAGUCCUGUCGUCACACACUACCAUCACGAAGAUCCGGAUUGUACUUCGAAGUCUAAGAAAUCUAAGAUGACGCGCGACGAGUCGCGUCUACUCGUACAGAACUGGAUCUCAAACUACAACAGUACUGAACAGCGCCCAGUAUCUACCCGUGUUGAUCCCGACGUCCUUGCCGAUCAGGAAACACCACCAGCGCCAUUUCCUAAGAGCGACGAAGGCCUUCCCACCCCGCCGAUUAAGCCGCGUUCCGACUCGCUCACGCCUCCAAAGCAGCUUCAGAAACACCAGUGCAUCAGCAACGGUCACAUAUUCCAUCCGAUUGAUCUGAAGCGCAUCCCAGACAAUGCUGUCGUCAAUGGCUUGGAGGUCAGGCCUUACUUGCAGACAUACACCGGUGUCAAGCAACAUGUGAAGAUCCCUGUGCUUUGCGAGAGGUGUAGCGAGAACUGUGAUGAGAACGUCUGGGAGUGUGAGAUUGCUGUCUGUCGCAUGGCUGUCUGUCAGAGCUGUGCUGAGGACAUGGAGAUAGAGUGGCAGGAGAGAAGUGUACGUGGCUGGAAACAUAAGUGA